AUGUCGGAACCUUCAGUCUUGUAUCAAUGUUCCCAUGAUCCAAUCCUCGUUAGAGGUCUUUAUGAUAAGGAAAUGUACAUAGUCUAUCCACCUUAUUUCACAGAAACUUCAUUUGAACCAAAUUGUGGUUCAAUACCUUACCAGUUCAUGAAAGAUAAUUAUAAGAUGGAUAUACGGACAGUUCAAGCUUCUCAAGAGUGUAUAUGCAUAGGUCUACUGAACGAUUUUUGCUCGUUCACUUUCAAACAGCCAGCAAAGAAAAGUACAGUCUCUCCACAAUUUGUGAGGCUGUCUUCACUCACUUUUGAAAAUGGAGAGUGCCUCAACGUGGAGGAGUUUGUCAAAAAGAGAUGUGAGAAAAUACUGAAGGAUGAUAUAAAAGAUGGAAUCCAAGCCAAAACUGCUCAGAGGAGGUUUGAAACAAACAAGAAAACAGAAGUUAUCCAUUUAUUAGUCGAUAUAUUGAGGGAAAAGGGGUAUUUCUUUGGAACUCGAAUGACAGUCGGAAAAGUUGGGACGAAAAAGACGGAGUAUGUGACUGAUGUUUGGAAAAAUGGGAAAUAUCUCUUUGGACAAAAAGAGGUUGAUAGAAGAGGCACUUUGAUAUCUAGAACUCUUUCUGCAAUUGGCAUGGGAUCCAAGGAAUUCAGUGUACAGAGAAAAGAAGGUAAAAUUGCAGAAAUCAUGGUUUAA